ACACGAGUAGUGGUGGAUGCGGAUGGCUUCGUCACUGGGGCAUCUGCAAAGGGGAUUUAGGAAGUUGUUCUAGCGACGCAAUAUCGUCUUGGUAUUUCCCUCAUGUUGAGGUCUCGUGCAAAGUUGAAACGGGUGCCCUUUCCAUCUAUCUUGGAGAUGCCAGGCACAAACAGUAGUGUUCCUACACACUUUCAAACAAACACUUAUACAAACAAUUCCAACAAGAAACCGUCCAACCGGGCUUUUUUGUGGUAUCCAUCCGAAAACUCCCAAUAUCUUUCAACAACGCCUGGCCACCCGAGGAAUCCCAAAUCCCUCUCACGAAUAAAAUAGUAAUAACGAUAAAAACGUAACCCAUCUGGAAUGCCCAGCCAAAAGCUGUUGUCCAUCCUUCCAUCAUCCUGUUCCGGAUUUGCUCAACAU